CAUCAAAUGCAUACGGUUUUCUUGAAACACGCCACCAUUAAGCUGAUGAAGAUAAAAUGAAAAGAAUUCUAGAUUUUAACUCAGUCGUGACUUGCUGCAUGUGUCCUGUAAAUAUGUUUGCCAGUUCUUGUUAAUUAAGAAGGAAAAGGAAACAAAAUGCAUUAAAAGUCAAUACAAUGGUUCUAUGAUGGUAACCAUAUGAACCCACAGGAAUUCUGUUUGCCAAAGUAAUGGAAAUACGUUCUAAAUAAUGCAUGAUUGACAGUUCGUAUCAAUAGUGUUUCCUGCCAAGGUAUUCACCUCAAACAUUUCUUGAAUUGGGAUUUCGAAUACACUUUUAAGGUUUUUUUUCACUCGAGCUCAAGGUGCGUUAGAAGGAUCCCGUGUUAAUACAUUCUGCAACAGACAUGGCUCUUAGGCAACAGAAACAGUACGACUGGAAAGAUUCAAAUCUGGCUUUGUUUGGCUCGGAAACGGAGAAACAAGUAAAAAAGGAAUCCGCAAAACACGAACCUGCUUGGAUGCAAGCUGGACAAACGUGUGGACUACAGAUCUGGAGAAUUGUGAACUGGAAAGUUACAGCAUGGCCAAGAGAGGACUAUGGCAAGUUCUUUGACGGAGACUCGUACAUUAUACUCAAUACAUACAAGAGAGCAUCUGAGGAACUACUAUUUGAUGUACAUUUUUGGAUCGGUAUGUACAGUACUCCGGAUGAGUACGGCACGGCUGCCUAUAAGACGGUAGAGUUGGACAUGUACCUAGAUGACAUACCUAUACAACACCGGGAAGUCCAGGGUCAUGAAUCCGAACUGUUCAAAAGUUACUUUGAGAGUAUCACAAUUUUGAAAGGUGGGGCUGAUAGUGGUUUCAGACACGUAAAACCGCAAGAGUACAUGCCACGCCUCCUUCAUUUCCAUGGCGACCGUCAGGGAGUUGUCGUGAAAGAGGUUCCACGAUGUAGGAGUCUGCUGGACAACACGGAUGUCUAUAUACUGGACCUGGGUUUAAAACUCAUUCAGUGGAAUGGGUCGGGAAGCAACAAAGAGGAGAGGAUGAAAGGGUUACGGUACUUGAAGACUCUACAAGGUGAGCGAGGUGGUAAAUGCAGGACGGAAACGUUGGACGAGGAUCCAAGAGACAUCCGUAACGAGUUCUAUGACGCUCUAACUGAAGAUGAGAAUGAAGAGGAACAACAGGAAUCUGUUGAUAAAACAAAGGAACUUUACAGGUUGUCAGAUGCAUCCGGAAAUAUGGAGAUGACGCUUGAAAAGUCAGGGAAAAUUGAGAUCGCCGACUUUGACAGCGAGGACGUGUUCAUUUUUGACACGAAGGACUCCGUCUUUGUGUGGAUUGGUGAGCAGACGACACAACAAGAAAAGCGCAAUGCUAUGACGUAUGCACAUAACUAUUUGAUGAAGACGGAUCACCCACUUGUCCCAAUUUGCUGCCUUCCAGAAAACACGUACUCAAAGGCAUUCCAAAUGGCAAUUGCGGCAUAACAUUAAUGCGCGACUGGAGCAGUGAUGAUGUAGUGCCAUUACUUGGCUGCACGUAUACGUACAUGUACAUUAAAACAGUUUUUGAGAAUCUAUUACGAUCAUGCGCUGUUGUAAAAAUGUUGCAAAAUAACUUGAUCGUUCUUAGCACAAACCCCCGUUUUCUACUUUAAAAUGCAAUAGAACAUGAAAUCUCGUGUGUAGGAUCUGUAUCCCAAAGGAAGAGAAUUUUAGUUUAGUUUUUUGAAGUCUUAAUCAAGUAUUAUCACAAAUUCUAGUACACUUAAGUAAAUGAUGCUCCCUGUAUUGCUCUUACAUUAUGUACUGUAUAGCUCACAAUUAAUUCCUCUCUGCUUUUCUUUGUCAUUCAUUUUAUGAAUUAAACAACACGCUGAUUUACUUCACUCAGUUUUGUGGUUCUUUUGGAUCAUCUAGUCCAUUUAAUUUUACUAUAUUUAUGAUUUCUUCUGUUCAAUAAGUGUGUGCUCUAAAUUAGCAAUAACUUUGAAAUAAAAUCUUCAAAAAUUUAA